ACCGUUUUUUUGGAGGGGGAAAAGCUGCUGAUGCACUUCGGAAAUGCCUCACGGACAUCCCGUUUUUUUUUUUUUCUUGAUUAGUUAGUUUGGGUCGGAGCACGAUGAUCGAAGAGCACGACGUUGUUCAGCGCGUGACACUGAGCUCAGGAGGUUUACGGGACUCGAGGCGCGACGCCGCGUUGAUGCUGCUGCUGCCUUGGAGAUAGUGCGGGGGUUUGUGGAGCGAGGAUUGUGUGUUACAGGAAGCAAGAAAGAACGAAAAAACGUGUGCACAAGAGAGAGGGAUAGAGAGAGAGAGAGAGAUACAGGAUAUAGGAGGAUGCAGUUUGAGACGCUGCGUCAGUUUUGCAGCUCGGUUCUGUCCCAUUUUAACGGGGCUUUCACGCCGCCCCAGAACAUCUUACACACGGAGCUGCUGGAGCACGCGCUCGGGAACAUCGGGAAAAGAAGCCCUUCGGCAACUAGGGAGCCAAAUCCAAACUACCAAAGGGAGGAACGUCCAUCGCACUAUGCUCCAGGACAAGGUGGCAUGCCACGAUCACCAUCCGACUACGGUCGCCCGUAUGAGGACGCCCAGUCAGCUCGGGCCUCCUAUCGUGCUCGACGUGGUGCCUGGCACUCCCAGGAGGAGCCGCACCCUCCUGAGCCAGGCUUGGUACCCGAGCGUGAUCUCCAUCACCCGGACGAGUGCCACACACGCUACCGGAGUGACCCAAACCUGGCACGGUACCCAGUGAAGCCACAGCCAUACGAGGAACAGAUGCGAAUGCAUGCCGAGAUGUCCCGUUUCCGCCACGAGCGGCGCCACAGCGACGUCUCACUGGCCUGCACUGAAGCCGAAGAACGGCCCGGUGCCUGGCGUUAUGGCCCUGUCCACUCCCACGGCCCUUCCUAUGGACACCGGGUCUCUAAUCCAGGCCCACGGGACAAGACGGAAAACCUGCUGCGCAAUGACUCGCUUAGUUCGGACCAGUCAGAGUCUGUGCGUCCACCACCACCCAGACCUCAUAAAAGCAAGCGAGGAGGUAAAGCAAGGCGGGCCUCGCUGAGCAGCUCAGACGAAGAGCUUCCCACCACGCCCGAGUACACCAGUUGCGAGGACGUGGAGAUUGAGAGCGAGUCGGUCAGUGAGAAGGGGGACAGUCAAAGGGGAAAAAGAGAAACUAUUGAGCAGGCACACAUCUUAUCAGAGGGCCAAAAGAAAAUGGUGCGCUUUUGGGGCCACUCGUUGGAAGAGGAUGCCGAGUGGGGCGAGCCGCAGGUUAAAGACUCGGGCGUUGACACAUGCAGUAGCACAACGCUAAAUGAGGAGCAUAGCCAUAGCGAGAAGCACCCUGUCACGUGGCAGCCAUCCAAAGACGGAGACCGUCUCAUCGGCCGCAUUUUGCUCAACAAGCGACUCAAGGAUGGGAGCGUUCCUCGUGACUCCGGAGCUCUUCUCGGGCUUAAAGUGGUUGGGGGAAAAAUGACUGAGUCCGGUAGACUUUGUGCGUUCAUCACUAAAGUGAGGAAAGGAAGUUUAGCAGACACGGUCGGACAUCUCAGACCAGGUGAUCAGGUCUUGGAGUGGAACGGGAGAAACUUACAAGGAGCCACAUUUAAAGAAGUUUACAAUAUAAUUUUUGAAUCCAAGCCAGAGCCUCAGGUGGAACUGGUGGUGUCCCGGCCCAUCGGAGAUAUCCCCAGGAUACCAGAUAGCACACACACACAACUGGAGUCGAGUUCGAGCUCAUUCGAGUCACAGAAGAUGGACCGGCCUUCCAUAUCCAUCACAUCUCCCAUGAGCCCUAGUGUGCUGCGAGAUGCACCACAGUACUUAUCUGGACAGCUUUCUAGCCAAAGCCUUAGUAGGAGAAUAGAGCCUUUUAACCCUAGGGUUCAGGUUAAACUCUGGUACGAUAAAGUAGGCCACCAGCUGAUAGUCACCAUCCUGGGGGCCAAGGACCUGCCUUCGCGAGACGACGGCCGACCGAGAAACCCCUAUGUCAAAAUCUACUUUCUCCCAGACCGAAGUUUGAAUUAUUGUUCCACCAGUGACAAAAGCAAGAGGAGAACUAAAACUGUAAAGAAGUCUCUAGAGCCCAAAUGGAAUCAGACGUUCAUGUACUCGCCAGUGCAUCGGCGUGAGUUUCGCGAGCGCAUGCUAGAGAUUACGCUGUGGGACCAGGCGCGAGUCCGUGAGGAGGAGAGCGAAUUCCUCGGAGAGAUUCUGAUCGAGCUGGAGACGGCGCUGAUGGACGACGAGCCGCACUGGUACAAGCUGCAAAUGCAUGACGUCUCUUCGAUGCCUCUGCCCAAGAGUUCCCCCUACCUUCAGAGGAAAAUGAUGCAUGGCGAGAGUCCCACUCGCAGACUACAGACUCACAGCUCGUAUUCAUACAAUUCAGGAUCUCACAGGAUCAGUGACAGCGAGAUCUCUGAUUACGACUGUGAGGAUGGCGUGGGAGUCGUUUCAGACUACAGACAAAAUGGACGGGACCUACAAAGCUCCACCCUGUCUGUACCCGAGCAGGUCCUGUCAUCCAAUCACUGCUCUCGGUCGGCGGACAUCAAUCGAGCACGUUCACGAUCACCCAGCGUCCCCCCUCCUCAGAGUCAUUUUCUCACCUUACCUCGAACAAGACACAGUCAGCCUGUUCAUCAUCAACAGAUGGAACUCAGGAAUUACGGCAUGCCGGACAGGCGCGAAAUGGAACGGCCCAUGUACACGCGUUCACGUUCCACCGAGCGCCCCCCUGAAGCCCACCACAUGAGAUCUUCUAUGCCCACCCUGUCAUCCGGACAUUCUGCACCGCCCUCACCCGCCUUAACGAGGGCACACCCCCACAGUGGAUCAGUCCAAACCAGUCCUACUAGCACACCCAUGAACAGCAGGAGAGGACGGCAGCUACCACAACUGCCCUCAAAGGGGUCGCUAGACAGAAAAGACGGACAUGAAGACCUUGAGCCAGGUCCAGGUGCCAUGGACAUGGAGGAGAGAACGCGGCAGAUGAAGCUGAAGGUGGACAAGUACAAGCAUGGAGCAGGCUCUGAUUCCCGCCUGGAGCAAGACCACCGCUCAAAGCAUUCCGGCAGGGACGGGAAACACGGUUUGGACAAUCUCUCGGCCAAAUCUUCUGACAGCGACGUGAGCGACGUGUCCGCUGUAUCGAGAAGCAGCAGUGCCUCUCGCUUCAGCAGCGCGAGCUACAUGUCCAUCCAGUCCGAACGGCCGAGAGGCAACCGCAAGAUCAGCGACUUUGCAUCCAAAAUGAAAAACAGGCAAAUGGGUGUGACGAGUGACACCAACCUGACCAAAAGCACCAGCAUUGGCGGGGAUAUGUGCAGCCUGGAGAAGACAGAUGGCAGCCAAUCGGACACGGCUGUGGGCCUGGUGGGUGGAAACCUCAAAAAGAGGCGCUCGAGCAUUGGGGCAAAAAUGGCCGCCGUUGUGGGCUUGUCCCGCAAAAGCCGCAGCACUUCACAGCUCAGCCAAACAGAAGCAGGAGGAAAGAAACUACGCAGCACCGUUCAGAGGAGUACUGAGACUGGCCUGGCUGUGGAGAUGAGAAGUAGAAUGACACGGCAGGCCAGCCGGGAGUCUACCGAUGGCAGCAUGAACAGCUUCAGCUCUGAGGGGAAUUUGAUCUUUCCCGGAGUGCGACUCUCAGCAGACAGCCAGUUCAGCGACUUCCUGGAUGGACUAGGCCCCGCUCAGUUAGUGGGCCGACAGACCUUGGCUACACCUUCCAUAGGUGACAUUCAGAUUGGAAUGGUGGAAAAAAAGGGAGCUCUGGAGGUGGAGAUCAUUCGGGCCCGAGGCCUUGUGGGUAAACCAGGAUCAAAGUCACUGCCAGCCCCUUAUGUGAAGGUGUACAUGCUGGAAAACGGAGCAUGCAUAGCCAAAAAGAAGACAAAAGUAGCCCGCAAAACCUUGGACCCACUUUAUCAGCAGCAGCUGUCCUUCGAAGAGAGUCCAGGGGGGAAAGUCUUACAAGUCAUUGUGUGGGGAGAUUACGGCCGAAUGGACCACAAAUCAUUUAUGGGUGCCGUGCAGAUCCUUUUAGACGAGCUGGACUUGUCCAACAUGGUGAUUGGCUGGUUCAAGCUCUUUCCCCCGUCCUCCCUGGUGGACCCGACGCUCGCUCCUCUGACUCGACGAGCAUCGCAGACGUCCUUGGACAGCAGCUCUGUGCCGUUCGGCCGCUCGUAGCACAGCGCUAACGAAUAGCGUGGUUGUUGUAGCAUCAUCCAUCAUCCCAAUGGUGGGAGUUUUUGCGAUUUGAGGCCGGUUGCUGCCCCUCCCCAGUAACACACUGCAUGCUUGGUGUCGUCUUCUGAGCCUGUUUCUUAGGGGUGAAAACUAAAAGCGGUUCUGUGUUUGCUCGCGAAAAAAAACCCUAAAUAAUAACAAUAACAAUAAAAAAACAAUAAAGAUAAUACAUUACAAAAUAAAUCUAAGGCCUCGCACAUGUUGAGCAUGGAGUGUGACCCUUACAAUCGGUGAACAGCCAGACGAAGGAAAAUGGACCUGAUUUUGUCCUUUUUCAAAGCCAUGGGGUUCUACACAAGCCCAUAUUAUCGCGCAUUUGUUUCUCUUCCCUUGUCGUUCAUUGUUCAUUUGUAUUUAAAUGAGUGAAGAGUGUUUCUUGGGUCAUGCCAUUUAAACAAGACCCAAAGUUUGCGAUACGGAAAUGAGUUUGUAUCGACAGUCUGCAGCCCCCCACCCCCCAGAUAUGCACACGAUCGCAAGCGAGACUGUUUUUAGAUUUCUUAUUUUUUAAAAAUGGAGAAAAAAAACAAAUAUUGUGAAAGACAAGGUUCAAGAUUCCCCGGAUGAACAUUUGGAACGGGACGAUUUUUCUGUUGAUAUUGUAUGAAAAAAGAGACUUUUUUUUUUUUUUUGCAUGGACAUGAAAUUUAGCUGAUCUUCAAGAAACAAAUAUUUUCUUCAGAUUGCAACUUGCAAAUAAAAAAAUAAAAAAAAUUAAGAAAAAGUAUAUACACAACUGAAACAGAUCAGCCAUUUUUUUUGAAAAUUUUUAUUAUUUUUGAAGAGAAAUUUCACUAGUGCAUGGUUUUCAUGGGGAGUGAAUGCAAUGGCGUGAUAUAUAAAAAAAAAGGAAAAAAAAAAAAAAGGAAUCCAGUUUAAUUAUCCUAAGCCCAUGCUAGGGUCUAUACUGUAUUUUUACGGACAUUUAAAUGAUUAAAUAAGGACUUUAGAACUUAUUUAACAGGGUGGAAAAGAAAAAAAAAUCCUGUUCAUGUGAGGUAAAGAAAAUGAAAAUUGUAUUAUUUAUUUCAUUAAUUAAGGUGAAAGCCUUACAGAGAUAAUGUGCAAAUUGUACGUUUCUUUUCUCUCUCUCUCUCUCUCUCUCUCUCUCUCUCUCACUCUCUUUCUCUCUCUCUCUCUCUCUCUCUCUCUUGUCCCAGGGUAACUCUUGCUGCUCUUGUCAGAUUUUUUUUUCCCCCUCCGAAUUAGAAUUUCCGAAAGUUUUCACAGGGCCUAACAUACAGCCUUGUGGGGGUUUUUUGUGUGUCAAUUCAUUUAGGUAUAACAAGCAUGUUGAAAUGGAUUUUCUGCAACAUGGCUUGGGCACAGCGUGCAGUUACACUGCAUGUUUGGAUAAAGAUUUGGAAUGAAGAAAAAAAUAUAUUAUUUUUAUAAUUUCUUGUACAGUGCAUGUCAACUAUGUUACUUUGGUCCCUAAUUGAAUUUGAAAAGAAAAUUUUGCUGGGUUUCAACAAAACAUAAUUUUGUUGGUAAAAAAAAAUUAAGAAGGGCAUUUUCUGCCCCGCAAACACAUUUUUCUCCCCCAGUACCCAGUAUUCAGGAUGAAUGAUACCCUGGUUGAUUUGUAAAGCAAAUGGUUUCCUGCAUCUCGAGGACAGUUGCAGUAUUUGCAUAGUGCAGUUUUACACAAAACCCGACCCUGGAGUUGGUGACAACGCAGGGCACUCGCAUGACAUAAAAACUUGCCACAUGAUAGAGAAAUUUCUAGAUUUUUCUUUGUUUCCAGAAAGUUCCUUUCAUAUAUUUUUGUUAUUUGAUUUGCAAGCCAAGACCAGUUCAUUUUUAUUUCAUUUCUAUUUUUAAACUUAGAGAAGACUCUUCUUGGUAUAAAGUCAGAAAGAAACUCUAGAUUUGACAUUAUAUAUAUAUAUAUAUAUAUAUAUAUAUAUAUAUAUAUAUAUAUAUAUAAAUGGAAUUUGGGAAAAAAAAUUAUUAGACAUCUAUAGCACUGAAUUGGGAUAAUGUCUCACUCGACUAAGACAUGUUAUACCCUUUUUGAAUGCCUUCUCUCUUUUUUUUCUGGUACAAUGUGUUCAUGCCAAGGCUAUGUCUUGGUUAAGUAUGGUUGAGUACAGAGAUUUAUGUAAGUUAUUUUUCAAAUUAAACAAUAAAAAAAGGGAUAUUACACUGAA